AUGGUUUUAAAACCCUUCAAACCUCUUUCCAUCAAAAGACCUACUUCAGCAGAGGUCAUUGAUGUCGACAAAUAUCCAGCCAAAAAGCCCCGCCUACAAGAGGAUGAGCCUGUGGUGACUGAUGUGAAGACGCGGCCAGCACUGGGGGCUCGAAAGCCUUUAAUCCAAGUCCGAAAUAUUAGCAAGGAAUCUACAGCGAAGCCAGCAUCAAAAGCGUCGAUACCUCAAAAUUUUGUAGGGGAUGAGAGAUUUUUCAAUGCUCUCUGGAGAAAGCCGAGUACCAAGAAGAAUAAAACCUGGGACGGCGAUGGUGUACUUAUUUCUCGUGCGGGAUUCGUCACCUUGCGCGACAUUGAUGGCAAGGAAAUGGGCAGGACUAUGUACGAGCAGGAUCUUGAGCCGGGAAAGAUGCUGUAUGUGAGUGGAAAGGAAGUAGAGGUCGACUCUGAAAUACCUCGCAAAGUGUAUUAUGCCUCGAGAAACCUGUCGGUGGAAAAAAAUCCGACCCCUUCAUCAAAACCGUCGAAGAAACAGACUGUGUCGGUGUCAAAAAGAAGUGAUGGCCAGAAAUCAUCCUUGAGCCGGACUGCUUUAGGGACGGAAUACAGUGCAGCUGCCAAAAGUAACUCUGGUCUUGGCGCAUACAAGAAACCUUUGCUCGAAGAUACGGUGAUGGCAAGUACAGGUUUAGAAAAGGUGGUCCCGCGUCAUGAUCCCACUGCACCUGGGGCAUUGGUUAUGCCGAGACCGACUUCGGUUCCUAAAGGCAAACAAAUUGUCGACGUGGUUGUCGACCCUUUAUUGACAAAGAGUCUCCGACCACAUCAGCGGGAAGGUGUCCGGUUCCUCUAUGAAUGUGUCAUGGGAAUGCGGUCAUUUAACGGCGAAGGUGCCAUCCUGGCAGACGACAUGGGUCUGGGAAAGACACUACAGACCAUCGCUCUGCUAUGGACCCUUUUGAAACAAAACCCCAUUUAUGGAGAUGCUCCUGUGAUCAAGAAAGCACUCAUUGUUUGCCCGGUCACUCUUAUCAAUAAUUGGCGCAAAGAAUUCCGCAAGUGGCUCGGGAACGAGCGCAUCGGAGUCUUCGUAUUUGACGAUAACCGCAAGCGUUUGACUGAUUUCACGAGGGGAAAGUCUUACAGUGUCAUGAUCGUGGGAUAUGAGAAACUGAGGAGUCUGCAAGAGGUCUUGGCGAAUGGUAAGAUCGAUAUCAUCAUUGCAGAUGAAGGUCACCGACUCAAAACAUUGCAAAAUAAGAGUGGUAUGGCCAUUCAGUCACUGUCAGCUAUCAAGCGAGUAAUUCUUUCCGGUACCCCCAUUCAAAACGACUUGAAGGAGUUCUUUGCCGCCGUGGAUUUAGUCAAUCCCGGAGUCCUGGGCACCUUCAAAUCUUUUAUUCGGGAAUUCGAGGUCCCAAUUGUUCGGAGCCGACAGCCCGAAGCCACCAGAAAGGAGAUCGAAAAGGGAGAGUCUAGAAACGACGAACUCAGGGAACUCACCACUAAGUUUAUCCUACGAAGAACCGCGGAUAUCCUCGCCAAAUAUCUUCCCCCAAAAUCUGAGUAUGUGCUCUUUUGCAAACCGACUCGCCCGCAAGCCAAUAUCUACCGAAGCGUCCUUGCCUCACCGUUAUUCCAAUCUGCCAUGGGAAAUUCCGAGAGCGCCCUGCAAUUAAUAACAAUCCUGAAGAAGCUCUGCAACAGCCCAUCUUUGCUCACGGCCAAGAACAACGACAACUCCCCCAACGAAAAUAUGACCGCUCUCCUAGCUUCCCUUCCACCCAAUCUCAUGCGUCACUUCUCCCCGGCUGCAAGUGCCAAAGUCCGAGUCAUGGAUCAGAUCUUAGAUAGCAUACAUGCAAAUACAUCAGAGAAGAUCGUGCUGGUUUCUAAUUAUACAUCGACUCUAACCCUCCUAGCCAACCUACUUUCCUCUCUUGGCCUCCCAUUCCUUCGUCUAGAUGGAAGUACCCCAGCUCAAAAGCGCCAGCCUCUCGUGGAUGAGUUCAACCGUCUCCCCGCAGCAAAGUGCUUCGCCUUCCUGCUAUCCGCCAAAGCAGGCGGUACAGGUCUGAACCUCAUCGGAGCCAGUCGUCUUAUUCUCUUCGAUGUGGAUUGGAACCCUGCAACAGACAUACAAGCCAUGGCGCGUAUCCACCGCGAUGGCCAAAAGCAACACUGUCGCAUCUACCGCGUUAUUCUCAAGGGCAGCCUGGAAGAGAAGAUCUGGCAGCGCCAGGUUACCAAGCUCGGACUGGCUGACAGCGUGAUGGGGCACAAGGAUAACGUUGCGCAGUUUUCUACUUCCGAACUGCAAGACCUGUUUCGACUAGAUGAGGACAGCAGCUGUCAGACGCAUGACCUAUUAGGUUGUGACUGUGGCGGCAAGGGUAUCCCUUCUUCUUCGGAGAUUCCCACUCCAAGCGAAGAGCAGAGCGUCAUAGACCUAGACUCGAAUACCUCAGUGCUCAGUGACGCAUCUGAUGAAGACGGACCUAAUUUCCCGACUCUGGUGAAAGCCUCCGAAGUCGAUAUGGAGGAACAGGAACGCUCGAUCCACAACUCUUCCCGUCAUGGCCGGAAACAGAAGGAUAAAAUGCAUCAGUCUCUGGCGCAGUAUGCUCAUAUCGACCCUGCUCUUCUUUCUACGGCUGAGGAUGAGGAGGAAGUUGCAGCUGCUAUUGAUGACGACGUGCUCGUUGGACUGCUCAAAGAUGAGUGUAAUCAAAUCGGCUACAUUUUCAAAAAGACCAACGGUGCUGAAGUUGAAAUGGAGAGUCCUGAAGCUGCCUCUGAGUCUUGA